CUCGGCCGCCCGCCGCCCGCAUCGAUCCCUUCGGGCCGCAGCCUCCGGCGAGCCGGGCUCAUCGCGCGCCCCUCGCAUCCGCGCGCCUCCUCGCGCCGCGCGCCGCCGUCGCCGCCGCCCGAGCCGCUCGCUGCUCGCUGCUCGCUCGGCCCCGAGCACCGAUCUCGUCUCGAGCCCGCGCUACCCACGAUAACGCAAAUCGACAGUGUUGCAGUGAUGAAAGGGGGCGUGACGGUCGCGUGAACGAAGCAUACUGGGUACAGUGAGCUGCGCGUGAGCAUGGCUACGGAAAAGGAGAAAAUGGCGGCGGCUGAAACUAAGUCGCCAUCAAACAAGAGCAACUGCACCUCGCCGGGAAAAAAAGGUGAUACCGAUGACCAUGGGUUGCCUAAGAAAAAGGACAAUGGAUGCGACACCAAUCUGUACCUUUAUCAUGACGAAAUCGAAGAUCGACCGCGUGCGUCCACUUUCCUCAGUUCUCUGGCAGACUAUUCCAACACCAUUCCUACGGCGUCGGCGGCGGACCCAGACGCUCCCAAGCCCGCGCCUCCAGCUCGCAUGGGCACGCUCAUCGGGUGCUACCUGCCUUGUAUUCAGAACAUCUUUGGUGUGAUCCUUUUCAUCCGCUUGACAUGGGUCGUCGGCACCGCUGGCGCUAUACAGGGCUUCCUGAUUGUGCUUACAUGCUGUUGUACGACGAUGCUUACCGCGAUAUCGAUGUCAGCAAUUGCAACGAACGGCGUGGUUCCUGCUGGUGGCUCCUACUUCAUGAUUGGAAGAUCGCUUGGUCCGGAGUGCGGCGGCGCGGUUGGCAUGCUGUUUUACACUGGAACCACUCUUGCUGCGGCCAUGUAUAUUGUCGGUGCAGUAGAAAUUGUAUUGACUUAUAUGGCUCCGUGGCUAUCGAUCUUCGGCGACUUCACUAAGGACCCAGAAGCAAUGUACAAUAACUUCCGUGUUUAUGGCACUGGAUUACUUCUAGUUAUGGGGAUGGUUGUGUUCGUCGGUGUCAAGUUUGUGAACAAGUUCGCCACAGUGGCCUUAGCAUGUGUUAUUCUCUCCAUCACGGCCGUAUAUGUAGGAAUAUUCGUAAACUUUAACGGAAACGACAAACUACAACUGUGUGUUCUGGGAAAGCGACUGCUCAAAGAUAUUCACAUAAGCAACUGUACCAAAAAUGUGACAGGAGAAUUGCACCAAUUGUUCUGCCCCAACAACACCUGUGAUCCUUACUAUAUUUCUCACAAUAUCAGCAUCGUUCAGGGUAUUAAGGGUCUGGCCAGCGGAGUUUUCUUUGAUAACUUACAAGAUUCCUUCCUUCACGAGGGUCAGUACAUUGCUUAUGGUAAAGAACCCGAAGAUAUCGAACAAAUGGAAAGACCAACUUAUAAUCAAGUCUAUGCAGAUCUUACGACAACCUUCACCAUAUUGAUUGGUAUCUUCUUCCCAUCUGUUACUGGUAUCAUGGCUGGGUCAAAUCGUUCGGGUGAUUUGGCUGAUGCACAAAAGAGUAUUCCUAUAGGUACCAUCUGCGCUAUCCUUACCACGUCUUUCGUAUAUCUCUCGUCUGUACUGCUCUUCGCUGGAACCGUCGACAAUUUGUUACUUCGAGAUAAAUUCGGCCAAUCUAUUGGAGGAAAAUUAGUAGUAGCAAACAUGGCCUGGCCGAAUCAAUGGGUUAUCCUAGUUGGUUCGUUCCUUUCUACCCUAGGAGCAGGACUUCAAUCUUUGACUGGGGCACCACGUUUACUCCAAGCUAUAGCCAAAGACGAAAUUAUACCUUUCCUUGCACCAUUCGCCGUUUCUUCUAGCAGGGGCGAACCCACAAGGGCUCUACUGCUAACAAUGUGUAUCUGCCAGGGUGGUAUCCUUCUUGGUAACGUCGAUAUCCUGGCUCCUCUACUAUCUAUGUUCUUUCUUAUGUGCUACGGAUUUGUCAAUCUAGCCUGUGCUCUUCAAACUCUUCUGAAGACUCCAAACUGGCGACCACGUUUCAAAUACUAUCAUUGGUCACUGUCUUUGGCGGGUUUAACGCUUUGCAUUUCCAUCAUGUUUAUGACUUCCUGGUACUACGCUCUUAUAGCUAUGGGUAUGGCUGGCCUCAUAUACAAAUACAUCGAAUAUCGCGGAGCUGAAAAAGAAUGGGGUGAUGGACUUCGAGGUUUGGCUCUAUCAGCAGCGCGUUAUUCACUCUUGCGUCUCGAAGAAGGUCCUCCUCACACUAAGAACUGGCGUCCGCAAGUACUUGUCCUUACAAAACUGAAUAAUGAACUAAAACCCAAAUACCGGAAAAUGAUUGCUUUUGCUAGUCAACUUAAAGCUGGAAAAGGUUUAACCGUAUGUGUAUCGGUGUUGGGAGGUGACUUCACCCGAAGAUCUGGUGACGCCUUUAUGGCAAAGCAAAACCUACGCAGUUGUAUGAACGAGGAAAAAGUCAAGGGUUUUGUGGACGUUUUGGUCACGCAUAGUGUUGCUGAAGGAUUGAGUCAUUUCGUACAAACAACCGGUCUUGGAGGACUAAAACCGAACACGGUGCUCAUUGGAUGGCCGUAUGGAUGGCGCCAAUCGGAAGACGAACGAACCUGGCAAACGUUCUUGCAAACCGUACGCUCUGUCACCGCAGCAAAAAUGGCUAUGCUCGUACCUAAGGGAAUCAAUUUCUUUCCGGACUCUACUGAAAAGGUGUCCGGAAAUAUUGACAUUUGGUGGAUCGUACAUGACGGUGGUAUGCUGAUGCUGCUUCCAUUCUUGCUGAAACAACAUCGUACUUGGAAAAACUGCAAGAUGCGCAUCUUUACCGUAGCCCAAAUGGAAGACAACUCUAUUCAGAUGAAGAAGGACCUCAAAAUGUUCUUGUACCACCUUCGCAUUGAGGCUGAAGUCGAAGUUGUUGAAAUGACGGACAAUGAUAUAUCUGCAUACACUUACGAACGAACUUUGAUGAUGGAACAACGAAACCAAAUGCUGCGAGAACUUCGACUUAAUAAGAAGGAAACUCUUGGCAUGGUGCAAAAUUUGGUGGAUUACCAUGAGCAAAACGCUGAGGAGAAAUUACCUCUGGUACAAGCAAUCGUGGACCAUCAUCAUGGUGAUGUGAAUAAGACGACAAGCAAAGUGCGUUUUGCGGAACCAGGUGCUGAACCAACGGUGGAUGAAAAUGCGCCUUCGCCUCCGCUAAGCGACAAUGAAGAGAAAGAUAAGGAUGACAAGGACGAUUUUCGGAGUAGUUUGUUGCACAUAAUCGAUUCAAUGUGGGACUCGUCCGAUGAACGCUCGCAGUGUGAGGACGCACCUUCGCUGCCGACGGAGGAAAAGCCCCGAGAUGCCAAUCCCAACGGAGAAGCCGUCAUGACUAAGGCUAACAUUACGCCUGACGAAGGAACUGUCCGACGAAUGCAUACGGCGGUAAAGCUGAACGAGGUGAUCGUAUCGCGGUCCCACGACGCACAACUAGUCAUACUCAACCUGCCCGGCCCGCCUAGAGAUACCAAGCUCGAGAGAGAGUCCAACUACAUGGAGUUCCUAGAGGUACUGACGGAAGGACUGGAGAAGGUGCUCAUGGUGCGUGGAGGCGGACGCGAGGUCAUCACCAUCUUCUCGUGAACGCGUGGGGCAAGAAUGCGACCCCGCCCGUCGCGCGCGCCGCACUCUCACUAUGGCAAUACUAAUUUUACUAAACGCGUCUCUGAACUGUUAGUGAAAACGCCCGUGCCUCUGCGCACCCUUAUGAAAAAUCUUUGUGAUUCUAUCGUAACUAUUUAGUGCUGUUUUUUGAACGGGCCAAGUUCGUGUCUCGUUGAUCAUUUUCUAAUGUUAAACAAUCGCAUAAUCGCUCUCGAAAGACUGCCGAGACGAACAUUACUUUCUAUAAUGGUUCGUUUAUAAAUAUUAUUAUGUAUUUUCUUACAACUAUAAAAUUAUAUUGACGUUCAUUUAACUUGUAAAUGUUAGCUUAGUUCUAAAUUUUGUUAUAGAGCAAUAAAGAAGGGGACAUAAAAAAAAUGUUGAUGCCUUUGUAAAAGUUGCUGAGCACUAACGCCGUUACUCAAAGAGAAUAUAAAUAUAAACAAUAAUUGUUACAGCAGCUUAUCUCCAGAACAUAUAUUCUGAGAUAUAGGGUAUUACAUAUUGACAAAUUGUUCAGUUACUCUUCGUUUAUUUUAUUACCUUAGAUAUAUCAUACAAAUGGUAUUACCGCAAUGUACCACACACAUUCAAAAUAACAAAAAAAAACACCGUUUUCAUUUACGUAACGAACAUCCAAAACACGAAAAUUUACAAACCCGAUUUGGAAAUUGAUCUGUAACAUAUUUAGCUCAAAAAUAAUAUUUAUGAACAUAAACACAAAGCACGCAAUAGUAUAUCGACCACAUUUUUUGGAUUCAAGUAAUCUGCCAGUAUUAAUUUAUAUAUUGGGACGGUUGUAUUUUUAACCGACUUUAAAAAAAGGAGGAGGUUCUCAAUUCGUCUGUAUGUUUUUUUAUGUAUGUAUGUUACGCGAUA